GGGACGAGACGCGAGAGUGCGCGAGUGCGAGCGAAGAGAGCGAGUGAGAUCGCGUGUAAAACACAAAUUUUUCAAUUUUCUAAGUGCGACCGAGAAGCGUUCGCCAGGAAGCAAGCGGCCCAGCGACGAAGAUGUACACGCUACGACCGAUAAAUGUACUGCCACCAUGUCCGCCUUCGAAAGUCAUGUACCAAUUGCCGAAUAUUCUGACGGAUAAGCAUGAUGGCAGUCGCAUUGAGACGGACAUCGACACCAAGAUGCCCGACGACGUUGUCACAGAGCAGGUUAUCCGCCUUCUGCAGAAGCCUUUACGAGACUACAGUGCAUUGGAGGCGAGACAGGAGAAAGUUCUUGAUCAACUGGCGAAACUCAAGAACCAUGUUCAAACACUGUGCCAUUUUUUGAAACAAUCUGAUCGAUUAGACGGUACAAAAAUCGGUGCGGCACUUCCGGAAUCAACGAGACAACUCCAAUUUGACUUAAUAGUGUACGCAAACCCACGGAGACCACCGUUCUCAAUCCUUGCCUUGCAGAAGCGAUGGGAGAACACUGUCUUUAAACUGCAAUCGUUUGUGCAUUCUACUGUUGAAGGACCAGUACCAGUUUUCUUGCCUAACAAUUCUGACCUAGUCGCCAAUAAUAUUGUAAACUUAAAGUUGAUAUGGAAAAAAGUUGAUCAGUUGGAAUUUGUCAAAGAUCUGUCUAGCCAUCCUAUAAGUGGCGAGGUCAAUCUUCUUAGAUACUUGAGCAGGAAGAUAACAGGAAGAAAGUUUUAUGAUCAAAACGUUGGAUUGCACGAUAACCACAUACUCGACUUAUGUUAUCGCUUGUCUGAGACCGACAAAUUUAUUGGUUCAAUAAUAAGUGAAUUGAAUGAGCUAGAAAAUUUAGUGUGCGAUUCUGAAGUGCUAAAGGGAUGUAUGCCUCAUAUUGCGGACAUCGCCGUUUGGACUACCGUUAAGCAUCUCUUUCCAAGUAGUCCCCUAAAUAAACUACCGAAAUCAAUUAGAGAAGUGUACAAAGUUUGUGAAGAAAUGUUUAUAGAUAACGAUUUGGUACACACAAAUAAUUAAUUAUUAAUGUUUUUUUUUUCCUUUUUGAUAAAAACUGAUUAUUAAUGCAUUGAAUGCCACGCUAAUUUUGUACGUCUUACCCUCAAUUUUUAACUGCCGGCUAAACUAGUGAUUCUCACGGCAUUCAACGUGUUAAUAAUAUAAGUACAUUAUUUCAUAAAUAAAUAAUUAUAAAUGGAUUAUUU